GUGCAGCUCCUUGUGCCCUCUGGACGGGCAGAUCCUUGUGCCCUCUGGAUGAGCAGCUCCUUGUGCCCUCUGGACACUCGCUGGAGCUGCCAGCCUGGUGACAGCAGCAUGUGAGAGCCCCAGCAAGCAGGGCAAGGGAGCUAAAGGAGCCUUUCUGGAAGCUUCUCAAGAGGAAGAUGGAGAGCCCACUUCUUUUGUUCCCCCAGCUGAACAUUUCUGCCCCGAAGGACAAACCCUACUACAAAAUCAUGAAAUCAGCCGUUAAGGAAGAGCCACACAAGGCCAGCAAGGCUGGAGCUAAGCAGAAGAGAAAUAGGCUGAGCCUGCUCCUGCAGAAACCUGAAUUCCAUGAAGGUGAUCACCUUGGCAAACCUGGAAACUUGACAAAAGCAGCAAGCGUGUCUCCUGAAGAAGCACUGAAAUGGGGAGAGUCUUUUGACAAACUGCUUUCUGAGAAAGCUGGGCUGGAAGCCUUCACAAAGUUCCUGAAAACUGAAUUCAGCGAGGAGAACAUCGAGUUCUGGGUAGCCUGUGAGGAUUACAAGAAAAGCAAAAGCACACAUGAACUUCUGCCAAAAGCCAAGGCCAUUUUUGAGACAUUCAUACAGAAAGAUGCCCCAAAAGAGGUGAAUUUGGACUCUCACACCAAGGAAGUCAUGAACCAGAAUACCAAAAUAAAUACAUUUUCUUCCUUCUCCAGCACGGUGUACAGGCUGAUGGAGCAGGACAGCUACCCUCGCUUCCUGAGAUCCGAGCCCUACCUGAGCCUGCUGAAGGGCAGGAGCCCUGCCCGCCCCACCCUGCGCAGGAGGUCACGCUCCUUCACUGUCAGAGAUUUCCAGGGGGUGAGGCCAGAUUUCAGCAUGUGGUAACAGCAAAGCUCAGCMCCCAUCCACCCCAGCGCCUGCUUUAAAACCCAAAUCCUUAACGAGUGUAAACGAGUGGGAAAGCCAAGUUAAAUGCAUUUAAAUCAGGUCAGAGUUCUGUAACAGAAUCUCAUUUUUAUAGAAAAGUAGAUACCAUAUUGGCAAGUCAGAUCAUGGCAAGACAGAUCCAUUUAAUCAUUUUUAUUUAUUCAUUUUCUUUUAAACUCAGGCAAAAGCUGUGAUCAGAUUUGGGGGGAAAACUUGAAUUUCCUGCAUGAAAAUAUCUCACAAAAUGCUAUUUGGUGUUAUCCAACAUGUAUCCUGGGCAUGUAUCACUUAGGCUAGAAUUUCAUCAUAGUUAGAUUCUCUGUAUCCAGUCUUUGCACAUAUUUAUGUUUCUGCAAUAUUCCCUACACUAAGCAAAGGCAAUUUGUGGUAUUUUCUCAUAUCGUAAAACACACAGGAACAUCCUUAGAUAUAAUGCAAAGUUACAUGAAUCUUUACCAAAGACACUGCAUAAUUAAAUGUAUAAUUAAAAUGUAGCCAUUACCUAUUUUAAGAGSAACAUAAAAAUACCUGUUUAAUAUUUUUGGGGUACAUUUUUCUUAUGCUAGUCUGUUCUCUGAUUUUAAGUUAUGCUGUAUAAAUUAGCUAUGGCAUCAAAUAAUUGUAUUUUAAUUUUUGCAACUAAAUGAGCAACAAAAAAAGACCAAGAAUGCUAUUUUAACACAAUGUGUAUCCUUAAAUACCAGGUCAUGUCUAUGUGUAUAUAUAUAAAAUAUUUCUGCUUUUAUUUAUAAAUAGCUGUGGAAUACCAACUUUGUUACUAAACUUUGUUCUAAAGGUUUUUUUCUGCCUUUUAUUUUGAAAAUGUAUCUGAAAAUUAACAACUCUUGGAUUCAGGUAGAGUAACUUKCAUUUCUACUGGUCAUUAACAAACUCUCUAUAGGUUAGAGGAGAGGAAGGAGCAAUCUCCCUUUUUAUUUCUUCACUAUCAAAGUCGGACACAUUUUUUUAUAGCAGCACACACAGUUAUUCUGCCCUUUUCUUUCAGAGUUGAUGAGACACACCUUGAAGCUUGGUGCAGUUCUUCAAGCCUUGAACACUGGUUCAGUUUAGCAAGGGACUGYAGGAUUUAUUUGUAACUAUGACUUGUAAAUUCGGUUGUUUUGCAUGGAAUUUAAGCUUUCUCCCUUUCCUUCCCCUUUCUGUGAGUGGUGAAGGAGGAGAGGUGCAGUUCCUGAGGAUGGGACUUCAUGUUCACUGCUAAUUUGKGGUGUACAUGAACUGCUGGACCUGCUUUACUAAAUUCCAAUAAAUCUG